GGAAAGGAAGAACGGAAAGCGGAAAAAAGAAGCUGGAAACUCUCACAGCCGCUGAAAGGGAGAAGCGUCCGUCCAACACUCCCCAGCAGUUCCUGUCCUGCCCUGCCGCCAGCCCCGCCUCCCCUCACUUUCUCUCGGCCGUCGCUGCCACCGCCCCAACCCGUCACUCUCUUGCCCCCGAUGGCGAUGGCGAUGGCGACGGCGACGGCCGCCACGUACGGGGCACCGAUCCCGGCGCCGGCACCCUCCGCAUCCUCUCCUCGCCGCGCUGCCCCCGAUGGCGGGCGGCGGCUGCGGGCGGUGGCGGGGAGGCCGCGUCCCCUGUUCUCGCCCCGGGCCGUGUCCGACUCGCGCAACUCCCAGACGUGCCUCGAUCCGGACGCCAGCACGAGUGUUCUUGGGAUCAUCCUGGGUGGUGGCGCCGGGACAAGGCUGUACCCGCUGACCAAGAAGAGGGCCAAGCCUGCGGUGCCGCUGGGUGCCAACUACAGGCUCAUAGAUAUCCCGGUCAGCAACUGCCUCAACAGCAAUGUGUCCAAGAUCUAUGUGCUGACGCAGUUCAACUCCGCGUCGCUCAACCGCCACCUCUCGAGGGCCUAUGGGAACAACAUUGGCGGGUACAAGAAUGACGGUUUUGUUGAAGUUCUCGCCGCGCAGCAGAGCCCGGAGAAUCCUAACUGGUUUCAGGGUACCGCAGAUGCCGUGCGGCAGUACUUAUGGCUGUUUGAGGAACACAAUGUUAUGGAGUUCCUUAUUCUGGCUGGAGAUCACCUAUACCGUAUGGACUACCAAAAAUUCAUUCAAGCACACAGAGAAACAGAUGCUGAUAUUACUGUGGCUGCCCUGCCAAUGGAUGAGGAGCGCGCAACUGCAUUUGGCCUGAUGAAAAUUGACGAUGAAGGGAGAAUUGUUGAGUUCUCAGAAAAACCAAAAGGAGAGAAGUUGAAGGCAAUGAUGGUUGACACCACCAUACUGGGCCUUGAUUCUGAGAGGGCCAAGGAAUUGCCUUAUAUUGCUAGCAUGGGAAUCUAUGUUUUUAGCAAAGAUGCGAUGCUUCGGCUUCUUCGUGACAAUUUUCCUUCAGCAAAUGACUUUGGAAGUGAGGUUAUUCCUGGUGCAACAGAAAUUGGAAUGAGGGUGCAAGCUUACCUAUAUGAUGGUUACUGGGAAGAUAUUGGGACUAUUGAAGCAUUUUACAAUGCAAACUUGGGAAUAACCAAGAAGCCAGUACCAGAUUUUAGCUUCUAUGACCGUUCUGCCCCAAUUUAUACACAAUCUCGAUACUUGCCUCCUUCGAAGGUCCUUGACGCUGAUGUGACUGACAGUGUUAUCGGUGAAGGUUGCGUUAUCAAUCAUUGUAAAAUCAACCAUUCUGUUGUUGGACUACGCUCGUGCAUAUCGGAAGGCGCAGUAAUAGAGGACUCCCUGUUAAUGGGUGCAGACUAUUAUGAGACAGAAAAUGACAAGAAAGUCCUUUCUGAAACUGGCGGCAUUCCCAUCGGUAUUGGAAAAAAUACACACAUCAAAAAAGCAAUAAUUGACAAAAAUGCUCGAAUCGGAGAAAAUGUGAAGAUAAUCAAUGUUGAUGAUAUCCAAGAAGCUUCAAGGGAGAGUGAUGGAUACUUCAUCAAAAGUGGCAUUGUCACCGUGAUUAAGGACGCCUUAAUUCCUAGCGGGACAGUCAUAUAGAGAUGCAGCCGUCAUCGCCAUGUAUAUAAGUGAGGUUGGCUUGCAGAAUUACCGUGACCUCCAAUGCAUCCAUGACUGGUUUCCCAUGCAGCAAGUUCACCAAUCUCUGCAUGGAAGUGUCGUCGGCGGAAAGAAUAAAACAGUGGCCACCACUCAAGGCCAUAAUAAAACUGAGAAUUGCACUGUUAACUAGUAUAUGAGCAAAUGUUUUGAAGUUGAAGUAUGAGAAUUGCAUUAGGUAUCUGGAUGUUUUGGCAUGUACAAUUAUGUCCUUUUGUACAGUUUCUACGCUUGAACUGGACAUCCGGUGCUUAUUUGCAUCGCUUAG